AUGGCGAGCGGGAACAACAACAAAAUUAAUAACGUUAAAAGCGACGUGUUCCUGGUCAACUUUGACGAGGAAGAGUUGAUGCACUUGCAAGACUUGCUGAAAGAGAUGAAGGAGGAGUACGGUUUAGAGCGAGAUGUGAAUGCAGUCAUAGUGAACGAGAGCAACUGGUUUUUAACCGUCGACGGGGCGGAAACGAACGAAGCGACGUCGACGACGACGACGGUAAAACCGCCGUACCCAGAAAGUUGCAGGUGCGUGUUACUGAACGGAGACAACGCGAAACGCUUAAUGCCGGAGUUGAAAGAAGCGAUGAUUGAUAUGGGCUUUCAGCCGUCGAUUUUCGGUACGUUUACGGAGAAGAACAACGAUAAAUCGAUCGCGAACUGCGCGCGGCAAGUCAUCUCCGCGCACGAGAGAUAUUGGAAGUUGAGAGGGACGGAGGAUGAUUUGAUCGAUGGGAGCGAUGAUGAUUCGACGGAUGAUUUAAUAAGUACCUCUUGGCCGGAUGGGGAGGAUGGAAUAUCUAUAUUUAAUCCCGGAUCUGUCAGUAUCGCGAUGUCGUUAGCUUUGGACCGAGCCGAUGUCGGGUCGUCCACGAGUGUGGGAGGGAUCCGAAGCGACGCGUCGAAGAUUGUCGUUUUGGACAACGUGGUGUGUGAUCCUUUGAGGAGAGACCUGUUAAAGGAAAUGUGCGGCAAUCAAGAGACGAACGGUUUCGACGCUUGGAUUGACAGCGAACCUCCAGAGGGAUUAUGGUCAAGAGAUACGUACGAUACAUUGGAUACCGGUUCGCCGUCGACGUCGGGAUCUUCAUUAGAAAGCGCAGAGGCGAAAAAUACUUCCUCUUGGGGAUUAACGGAAGACCAGUUGGCAAAAGUUGCGCGCUCGUCUGCCGUGAAAACGCUUCGCGCGAGAAUUCAACGCUUAUACCCAGAGUACGAAGUGCUGCCGAUGUCAGCCGAUUCUCUCGAGCCGGAGGGUAUCCCCGGAUCUUGGGGUGGAUUACGAAUAAAAACAGCCGUGGGAAACGCAGCUGUGAACGGCGAGGAUUUUUCGUGGCAUUUAGACAUGGAUCCAAGCAGUGUAGAUCCGACCUCACCGUGGGCCGAACGGUUUGGGUUAUACGUCAACCGAGAACGGAAUAAACCGCUCUUCGUUUCUGCUUUGGUGUAUUUGAACCCAAAUGUCUGGCCAGCUUCUUACGACGCUGAAACCAUGUUUUUAGAUCCCGGUACCGGUACUGGCGUGUUUGUCCGCCCUCAGCCGGGUCGCCUCGUUCUCAUGGAUCAAGACGUCGUCCAUCGAGUCUCCGCGCCGUCCAAGGCCGCCGGUGUCCCGCGAUAUUCGCUCGUUCUAAAACUCGUUUUCCACCCGAAAGUCACGAUACCAACCAGCACUAACACCGACGCCGCCGGAAACGACAAAGACGACUUCAACGACCUCGACGGCAUCACCAGAAAAGAGUGGGGCGAACCCGUCCUCUUCGGCUCCGCCGCCGGAUUCGACCUCGACGCGGACGACUGCUCUUCUUCGGACGAAGACGAUUACGAAGACGAGUUUGGAGACGAUUGCGACCCGUACGAGGAGGACUGCGAAGGUAACGAGAACUUUUACAAAAGCGUGUAA